AUGUUGUGGUUAGCUGUUUGCAUGUCAGUUUUAGUUUUAAAUAUAUCUAAAAGCUAUGGAAAUGACAUAUUAGGAUGUGGAGGAUUCGUAAAAAGCCGCGUCGCUUUAGAUGUAUCUAAUAUAGAAAUUGGAUUGUAUACACAAGAAGGGAGUUUAGUAGAAAAGACAGAAUGUGCCCCGACAAAUGGUUAUUACUUUGUGCCAUUGUACGAAAAAGGGGAUUAUAUCUUAAAAGUACACCCACCAGCAGGAUGGAGCUUUGAACCAUCAGAAGUAGCUGUAUCUGUCGAUGGUGAAACAGACCAAUGUUCUACAGGCCAAGACAUAAACUUUUCUUUUAAUGGCUUUGGCAUCACGGGUAAAGUUAUAACAACUGGAAAGCUGUCUGGUCCCAGUGGUAUAACUGUGCAACUAGUCAAUGAUAAAGGAGAAGAAAGAAAUACAUUAACUACUGUUGGAGGAGACUUUCACUUUACACCAGUUAUCCCUGGAAAAUAUGUUUUGAAAGCUAGUCAUAACAGAUGGAAGUUAGAACCAUCUCAGGCAACUGUGCAAGUUAAGGAGGGAAACACUGUUUUGCCAAGUGGAGUACUUGCUGUCAAGGGCUAUGAUGUUUCUGGUUCAGUUACAUCAUUUGGCAGUCCUAUAGCAGGUGUACAUGUGUUGUUGUAUUCUAAAGAGGAGAAUCCAAAAUUUAGGGUAGAGGGCUGCAAAACGGCUCUCAUUCAGGGUGUUCCAGAAUCACCAAUCUGCUACUCAGUUACUGAUCAAGCUGGAGAGUUUAGUUUUGGUUUGGUUCCAGCCGGAGAGUAUAAAUUAUUGGCGAUGAGCAAGACACCAGGACAAGCUACACUUGUUUACAAUAUAAAACCAGAAAGUGUUGAAUUUAGCGUCCACCAUGACAGCCAGUAUAUUAAAAACGCUUUUGAGGUAACAGGGUUCACAGUAAUAGGAACUGCUCUUGCGUCAAAAGGAGGCAAGGCGGUGUCAGGAGCACGCGUGCUACUCAGUGGAGAACCAGUGGCUACUACAGACUCGGCUGGGAAAUUCACUCUAACAGCACUAAUUCCUGGAACAUACAUUAUAACAUUGGAGCAUGAGCAAUGUGAAUGGGAACCUCUAGAAGUACGGGUAGCCCCAAGUGGUAUCUCAAGCUUGCUUCAAGCUGUGGUGGCACGAUGGCGGGUGUGUGGUAGUGUCGCUCCGGCUCCUACGCCAGCGCGACGUCUGACUUUGCGCGCGGGUGAAUCUGCUUUUCAAGUAACCAGUGAUGAUUCUGGCAACUGGUGUACUUAUCUCCCAGCUGGGACAUACACAGCUCGGGUGGAUGUCACUGAACAGGAACAUAGAGAUGGAUUGCAGUUCUAUCCAGAAUGGCAGCAAGUAGUGGUAGGGAGUGCUCCAGUUAAAGGCAUCUCUUUCUCCCAACUCCGUGCUAAAGUUGAAGGACGUGUGGUUUGUGAUGGAGAAUGCGCUGGACUCCGGGUAACCUUACGAAGUUUGGCAGCAGAUGGAAGCUAUGUUGGUCAACCUACGCAUUCGGAUCUGAAACAGGACGGCACUUACGAGUUCUUAGACGUAUUGCCGGGCAGUGUGGAGGUAUCAGUGGAUAGUUCGCGAGUCUGUUGGCAAGAGAGUGCACACAAUGUAGCUGUGGUGUCCUCCCUGGCCACGGUUCCUAACUUUGUCCUCAAAGGCCUAGUGCUGAGUGUCGUCUGUUCACAUGAGAUGGAGGUGGCAUACAAAAGUGGUGACAUACAAGGAGUAAUGGUAUUGCCGGCGGGUUCUAGCGCACAGUGUUUACCGCGUGCUCGUUCUUACGUACUCACGCCUCGCGGCUGCCAUAAAGUGGAACCUGCGCAGGCGACUGUUAACUUCCGCCAUAGCGAAGUACCCUCAGUGGAAUUCAAAGCGCGAUCGCAUGCAGCGGUCGUGCGCGUGAUUGCUCGCGAGCCAGCGGACCUGUCUCUGCGUCUCGAAACUGACGCUGAGCAGUCUACCAUCAAACCGGCUCUUACAAAGACUGACGCUGGUCAUGUUUAUGAACACACUCUAUAUUUAGCAGAGGGUGAAGCGGUCACAGUUGUUCCACAAUCCAGCAGUUUCCUAUUCAAUCCGGUGAAAGAGCGACUCGUCGGUUCGGGACAGUGUGAUGCAGCGGCUCUUACUAUCAGAGCUACACUUGGCCUUACGAUCUCCGGUCGUACAGUGCCACCGGUUGCUGAAGUCCUUAUUACUCUUACGGGAGAUGAUAUUAAAUUAACUCAAGUAACCAAAGAGGACGGCUCAUACAGAUUUGGGCCUCUAGAAGCGGACAAACAGUACACUGUAACAGCUGAGAAAGCGUCCUACGCGUUUAGCGAACCUGAUGCGCAGGGAAACAUAAUUGCCCACAAACUCGCUGAGAUAGAAGUUCUUCUUAUUGAUGACGCAGAUGAGACGCCGUUAGAGGGCGCACUAGUAUCUGUUUCCGGAGGGUCCUACCGUCGCAAUGUAGCCAGCGGUGCUGACGGAUGGCUCAUAUUCGGUUCCUUAUCUGCCGCACAAUACUAUGUGAAAGCGAAUAUGAAGGAGUACAGAUUUACGCCACCUCAUCAUAUCUUGGAUGUCACUGAUCAACCGCAAAUGAAGACCACGAAACUUGUUUUUAGAGGAUCCCGCGUAGCGUGGUCCGUGUCAGGGCGUGUGCUAUCUGUGGGCGGUGCAGGCGCUGGUGGUAUAGGGUUACGCGCCCGCGCCGAACCUGCCACCUGCUUCGCUCAUGAUGCUACCACUUCACCCACUGGGGAAUUCAGAAUCCGUGGUCUUAUCCCAUCGUGUGUGUACACACUAGAGCUGAAAGAAAACUCCACGCCAGAGCUAAUGGGAACCAAGCUUGUACGCACAUAUCCACCGAUACAAGUCCAAGGCAAAGACAUAGAAAAUGUCCAGCUCAUAGUGUUACAGCCCACACAGUUGACAGACUCAACUGUGCUGGUUCAUGCUAAUAUAGACCAUUACAGGACGCUUAAAUUGACACUUGCACUAGAUAACACAAAGCAGCCACUCUAUAGCACUAAGUUAGAUCCUUCUGGAUACAGUGCGUCUUCAAACCCGGGUCUCAUGUACGUUCUUCCAAGGCUGCCCGCAGACAACAAGACGUACAGCAUACAGAUCGAGUCUACAUUGUCUAAACUGACACAUUCCUAUGAAGAGCCAGUUGUUUACUUCAAUUCGGAUGGGAAAUAUAAACAUUUCGAUAUUUAUUUCGUGACUAAGGUAAAAUCUUCGGAACAAGAACUACGUGCCACCUCGUUCCUAAUGCUGCCACUUCUAAUCGCUUUAGCCGCAGCUUACAUGCACCGGGACAAAAUACUUGCCCGGAUCAAAGCAGAUUAUGCUAACAAGAAAUUGCCCAGGAAAAAAGUUCAAUAA